AUGUGGGCUCUCAGUAGAGGCUCGUACUAUGUUCAUCCCCAAGAAGUGGGUCGCCUCGUUGAGACUGUUACAGGCGAUGAGUUUUGGACCCCCGCCGUUUUGCUGUCUGUCCAUGCUGGAUUCGGUACGCAAGAUGCCGAAAAGGCGAUAAAAGACUUUCGCCAACGGGACGAUGUUAUCUCCGACGACUUCACCUCAACACUCGUGCUGCAACCCCAGAACAACGAGGAUGUCAGUCAUGUUGCUGCCCAACUUGCCCAAAGCAGCUUCACCACCUACACCAACGACCCGACUCAUACUCUUGGGCUUCUUCCCCCGGGACCCUACUUUAUCCGCGGCAACUCCAUCCAUCAGGCCUGGAAGCUCUAUGAAGACCACUUGGAUGCCUUUGUCAUCCCUACCAUUGCAGAUGAUGUUGUCAACCCGACCAGCUUCUCUGUGCUGCAAGCGGUGUCGCAGCAGGGUUCGUUUCGAAGCGUCGCCGUACCAAGUCGACUUUACUCAAGCCCGAGCAAAGAGAAGCCACUCGCUGGUGCCCGUAUCAGCAUCAAAGAUAACUACGACUUGAGCGGAAUCCGGACCACCAUGAUGAAUCGAGCCUACAACGAACUAUACCCAGCCCGUUCGUCCAGUGCAGACUAUGUCAAGAAGCUGAUUGGACUGGGUGCUGUCAUCGUAGGCAAGACCAAGAUGUCUGCCUUUGCCUCGGCAGAGGAGCCAACUGAUCAGUGGAUCGACUACCACUGCCCAUUUAACCCCAGGGGUGACGAGUAUCAGACUCCCUCGUGUAGCUCUACUGGCGCCGGUGCAUCUCUUGCAGGCUACUCUUGGCUCGACCAUUCGAUUGGAACGGACACCUCAGGUAGCAUACGCCUUCCUGCGGCUUUCAAUGGCCUUUUUGGCCUCAGGACUUCCUAUGGUGUCACCUCACGCCAGGGCAUUGUCCCAAGCUGCAAUGAAUUCGAUACAGUAGGGACGCUCCACAGAAGUCUGAAGGAUGCCAAGCAUCUGACCGCAGCAACUUUGGAUGUUCCCGACUCGUCUCGGUUUCCGAAACGGUUGCUUUAUCCUCUGGACUUUUUCCCGCAGGCAGAUGCCGAUCAACAAGCCAUGACCGAGUCCUUCAUUACAACCGUAGAGAGUUUUCUUGGUAUCGAGCGCACUCCCAUCAGUAUCACGGAUACAUGGGCAUCGAAUCCUCCCGACGAAGCCCAGGGGAAGUCGCUGCAAGACUUUUUAGGCAUGAGCGCAGUUUGGCCCAUGUAUUACGAUACGUACCACACCUUCGACGCAUUCCGUGCCGACUACCUUGCGAAAUUCGGAAAGGAGGCAUUUGUGGGACCCUACAUGCGCAAACGAUGGAGCAUUGCUGUUCCAUUCACAAAGGAAGAGCGCGCCCAGGGCGUAGCCGAAAUGAAGAUUUUCAGGACUUGGUUUGAAGCUAACAUCAUGGGUCAGCAUAACGACACUGUUACCGAUGCUGUGAUGGUCAUGCCUUUUGGCUCUGCGAGUCCAAAGUAUCGCGACGACGCAAAUAAGCUACCUAGUAUCGUCGGCUCGUUCUCGGUCUUCUAUCUGCCAGCAGUACUUCAGCUUCCAACGCUCAUCAUCCCCAUCGGACAGAAGCCGUACAGCUCGCGCAUCAGUGGAUUGGAAGAGCAUCUUCCAAUUGUUAGCAGCUUCAUGGGCGCCAAGGGCAGUGAUCUGAUGCUCAUCAAUUUGGCCGAGGCGGCGCUGAAGAGUGCCAAAUGGCCGACCGAAGUCCAAACAGGUCGCGAGACUUUUGCAACUGGUGAUGAUGCGUAA